GUUGACCAUGUUAUCAUCACUAUCAGAACUACCAAUAAUUUGUAACUGCGCUACGACGUACGGACAACCGAAACGAGUACGAGGAAUAUGAAAAACACGAAACAAUAGGAAGAAAACGAUAGAUAUUCAAUAAAUAACAUAAUAUUUGUGAAAAGAUACACGCACCGUAAAUCGCUAUAAAUCGUCGCGCGUUUUUAUAGUUAAUGUUGUUAUUAUAAUUGUUAUUAUUAUCAAUUCUUUUGUGUGUGUGCGUUUUUUUUUUUAUUUCGUUGCUCAUUAUCGGAACAUAGUGCGUUUUGUUUUGCUUAUGUUAUAAGUGGAUUAAGUGAAUUUCGUCUUCUCGGAGUUUGUUUUCGGCGAUCAAUGUCAAGUGUGAUGAACGACGUCUUCACGACAGAACACUUUAUUCUCUUUUCGUAGUAUAACGCGCACGAAAACUUCCUCAUUGUCUUCGUCGUUCCGUGCCUUUGUUGUCCGCGGAGUGUAUUUCCGUAGACGUUUGUUGCAUGCGAGAUGGGAGCAAAGGCCAGCACGGCCAACGGUGAUGAUAGUGGCACCAGCCAUGGCGAUCGGUCGUUCGCCUCGGGUAAUGGUUCGGAUUCCGUACACACCGCUGGAAACCCAGGGUUCAGCAUACUACGCUCCUUGCCCAGUGCUGUGGCCAAUGACAGGCAGCGUGCCAGAUCAUUGUCCAGUGUACCUGACGGCCAUGAUGGCAAUAGCAACUCUGCUAGUCCUAGAUUCGACAUCACAGAUGUCUUGGAAGCUGACAGUAGCUCAAAUGAUGACCAGAUCCUAGAUAGUCCCACGGUUACUGCUAAUAUCAGUCUUGGACGCGUUUAUUCAGCACAUUCAUUACCUGCACAUAUUUGGCCAUUCAACGGAAUUAAGUGCCCAGUAUGUUCAAAAUUUGUUUUGCCAGAUGAGAUAGAAGUACAUCUCGUUAUGUGCUUGACCAAACCUAGACUGAUUUACAAUGAAGAUGUUUUGAAAGACGACAAAGGUGAGUGUGUCAUUUGUUUGGAAGAACUGAUACAAGGCGAUACCAUAGCCAGGCUUCCUUGUCUUUGCAUAUACCAUAAAACAUGUAUAGACCGAUGGUUUGAAGUAAACAGAUCGUGUCCUGAGCAUCCCGGAGAUUGAAUUGUAUAUACAUUGACGUCGAACAAAAUCGAUAAGGGAAAUAUGAGCUAAAACGCUACAGCUGCUGUAUGAUUAUUCAUUAUUUUAAGUUUUCAUAAUUACGAAAAGUGUAAAACUUCGAUCCCGAUCUACUUUACCAGUAUAAAAUUAAAAAUUAAAUAAAUAUGCACGAAAAAAAAGUCAAAAUUAGAUUUAUAUGCUUUUGAUGUUUUGCAAUUUGGUUGUGUACAAAGGCUGAUGUAACUUUAUUGUCAGUUUUCACUCGAUUUUUUAUUUAUUGAUAUGAUAUUAUACAUAUAAAAAAAUGUUAACAAAAAUCAGUCUUAU